UUGCUAGCACUAUGCCCGUGUACUUUUACGGUCUACUAGCAGUGUCUUUAAUUUUAUUAAUUUUAAUUCUAAGAUUAUAUUUAAAGUCAAGCGUGAGAAAAUGUAAGUGCAAAACGUUGCUGCUCGGUAAAGUAGUGAUAGUGACAGGCGCAAAUAGUGGAAUCGGAUACCACACUGCAUUUAAAUUGGCGGCGAAAGGUGCUAGAGUGAUACUUGCGUGCCGAAACGAAUUUCGAGCACGUGCAGCAUUGGACAAAAUCAAACUUGGAACUGGUAAUUCUCAAGUUGUCUUCAAAAAACUCGAUUUAACCUCAUUGCAAUCUAUUCGUGAUUUCGCUGAUGAUGUUCUGAAGACCGAAACACGUCUCGAUAUUCUUGUGAACAACGCUGGAGCAUGCGCCCUCGAGAACAAGUACACUAAUGACGGAAUCCUAGAGGGUAUGCAAGUUAACCACUUCGGACCGUUUCUACUUACUCAACUUUUAAUCCCCAUACUGAAAAAAUCUCGGCCCAGUAGAAUUGUGAAUGUCAGUUCAUUAAUCUAUUUGAUUGGAUUUGUGAAUUUAAAAAAGAUAAACGAAAAGAGAUUGAAUAGAAUAAACUUGUACGCUGAUAGUAAACUGUGCAAUCUGGUGAUACAACAAGAAUUUGCAAGGCGUCUCGAGGAACUGGACGUUGUAGUAAACUCCGCGCAUCCUGGAAUUAUUUUGACGAACAUUUUGGGAACAUCGCAUCCGUUGUUCGAAGCUUUCUUCAAAAUUCUAUGCUGGAUGACUCCAAGGACAGCAGAAGAUGGUGCAGAGACGAUUGUUCAUUUGGCUGUAUCAGAAGAAUGUGGGAAUGUUACGGGAAAGUUCUUUAUGGAUUGUAAAGUUGCAUACCUAUUACCUAAAGGGAAGGACCCAGUACUUGCUAAAAAACUUUGGGAAUUAUCGGAAGAUGUGGUGAAGGAUUAUAUUUCAUAACAUUAUGUAUGCACAAGUAGUUAAUUCCUAUUAUACCUAUAACAUAGGUUACAUUUUUGUUCCGUUUGCCGUGGAGACUUGUGGCCAUGGAGUCUUAGGUUGAAAUCUAUA